UCAAAUUCCCAAUCUCCCUCCCCCUAUUUAAACAAUUAGAACCCUACACAAAAAUAAAAAAACACUCAUCAACAAUGGCAACAACAAAAAUCUUAGUACUCAUAUUCCUCCUAUCAUUUUUGUCGGCUUCUCCGGCCAUCUCCGCCUCCUCCUCCGCCGUGAAAUCAUGGUGCAGCCAAACACCACACCCGAAACCAUGCGAGUAUUUCCUCACACAUAACCCUAAAUACAACGUUUCCAUAAACGGAAAGCCGGACUUCCUCCGCCUCUCGGCCCAGCUCGCCCUGGACCGCUGCAUGCAUGCGCAGAGCGGCCUCUACCAUCUCGGCCCGAACUGUCGUUCAGGCCGAGAGCGGGCGGCCUGGGCCGACUGCGUGGACCUCUACGAGGAAACCGUCCACGCGCUCAACAAGAUCGUUGACCCGAGCACCAAGUGCACAGCCACCGACGUGCAGACGUGGCUGAGCACGGCGCUCACCAAUUUAGACACGUGCGUCGCCGGCUUCGCGGAUUUCGGCAUCAACGACUACUCCACCAACUUCCCCAUCAUGUCCAACAAUGUGAGUUUGUUGCUUAGCAAUACCCUAGCUUUGAACAAGGGGGUUUCUAAUUCUAGUACUAGUGUGAAUGGCUAUAAAGAGGGGUUUCCGAGGUGGGUCCGGCCCGGGGACCGGAAGCUUCUGCAGUCGUCUAACCCUAGGGCGAACGUUGUGGUGGCGUUGGACGGUUCGGGGAAUUUUAGGACGGUGGCGGCUGCAGUGGCGGCCGCGGGGAGGCGGUCGGGGAAUGGGAGGUAUGUGAUUUAUGUGAAGGCGGGGACUUAUAGGGAGAAUGUGGAGAUUGGGAAGGAUGUGAGGAAUGUUAUGUUGUUGGGGGACGGAAUUGGGAGGACUAUUAUCACCGGAAGUAGAAGCGUCGACGGCGGCUCCACCACCUUCAAAUCGGCUACGGUUGCUGCUGUGGGAGACGGCUUCAUCGCCCGGGGCAUCACGUUCCGUAACACGGCGGGCGCGCGGAACCACCAGGCCGUGGCGCUGCGUUCCGGGUCGGACCUAUCCGUGUUCUACCAAUGCAGCUUCGAGGGGUACCAAGACACCCUCUACGUCCACUCCCAGCGCCAAUUCUACCGCAACUGCGACAUCUACGGCACCGUCGACUUCAUCUUCGGCAACGCGGCCGUCGUUCUCCAAAACUGCAACAUCUACCCGCGCGACCCGCCCAACCGGACCAACACCAUCACCGCCCAGGGCCGGACCGACCCGAACCAGAACACGGGCAUUAUAAUCCACAACUCUCGGGUCACGGCCGCCCCGGACCUCCGGCCCGUCCAGGGAUCCGUCCGGACCUACCUGGGCCGGCCGUGGAAGGAGUACUCGCGCACGGUCUUCAUGAAGACCUCGCUGGACGGGCUGAUCAACCCGGCCGGUUGGAUGCCGUGGAGCGGGAACUUCGCGUUGAAUACGUUGUAUUAUGCCGAGUAUGCGAAUACGGGUCCCGGGUCGUCCACCGCGAACCGGGUUAGCUGGAGGGGCUAUCGCGUGAUCACGAGCGCCUCUGUGGCCGCGCAGUUCACGCCGGGGAGGUUCAUUGCCGCGAAUUCUUGGCUGCCGGCGACCAAUGUGCCGUUUACUUCGGGGCUUUGAGUUUUAUUGAAUUAAUUGUACUUAUAUUUGUGCUAAUCCCGUGAUUAUUGUAAACUUUGGUUUCUUAAUGUGGUCUGUGUUUCAUUGAUGAAAAGUCUGAGGGAGGAGUAUUAAUUAUCAAGGAAAAGUUUAAAUC